UUCGGCUCGUGGCUGCAGCGCGUUCUGGCGUUGCUGUCGGUAGAGGGCGCAACGCAGUUCACCUUGAAGGCUUUCCGCGCAGGAAGGGCCACAGCCCUGGCCGAGGCGGGGUGUUCCAUUGGUGACAUCGUGUGCGCGAGCGAGUGGCAGUCGAGGGCGUUCUUGGCGUGCAUCGACGAAGACGCCGCUGAUGCAGCACACUUGCUGACGCAAGCCUUGGUGGCCAGCGACCAGGAGAGCGCUAACGCGAGGGGUGGCGCAGCGACGGUGGGCUGA